AGCCCCGGGAACGGGCGCGGAGCGGAGCGGACACAGAGCAGCCGGGCCGCUGCACUCCUUGCCCCGCCGUGCUCCCCGGACCGCCCUCGGGGACGGCAGGGGGAGCCUCCCCCGGCGGCGGAGGCGGGGCGGCCGCCAGGAGGGCCGAGGACGGGCACUUGGCGGGCCGCAGCGGGAUGUCGUGGACCCCGAGAGCCGGGGUUCUGUGUGUCCGCACACCCCGGCAGCGGCGUCUGUCUGUCCCUACACCCCGGGAAAGGAAGCAUGCCUCGGGCCGCGCUGCGGCUUCCCCCGCCCCUCCGGAAAAUGCCGCUGGCCCAGGUUGCUUGAACGAUAGAGUCAGUCCUGGAUGUUUGUAGGCUUUUGCUUCAACUGGCAGAGAAGAAAAAGGUGGACACUGACCUGCAGCAGUUGCUUCCUGUGAAAAGAAAGAAAUACGGGACACUGUUCGGGGAUAAUUUGUGCGUGCUUUGUUCAGAAAAGGCCUCUCAAACAAGCAGUAGAGAUCUGGGAAGAGAACUGAGGAAAUCGUGAGGCUUUUUCUUCUAGCAGUGUCGAGCACAUCACCCUUGGAUUCUUUUGUCCGCAUGGCAUGGAUGCAUAGCUAAAUUUAUGAAGUUCUGAAUACUUCAGCUGCAAAAAUAAAGUGCUUUCCUCUUUUUGCAUACUCUUUUUCUUCUCUGCAACAUUCUUUCUGAGUCAGAGGCUUCACCAGUUUUGUUAACAGGCUGCAGGUUAAAUGUGGCCUGAGUCACUGUGGGGACAUUGCUGAAAAGUUUCAUGGCAGAUUUUUUUCCCCCCCUUAUUUCGUUUUUUAGAUUUUCUGACAUAGUCUUCUCUUAUUUUGCAGUGAGACCGAUUUUAUAAAUGAAGAAUUUAAUGGAUGUUUGUUUAUACUUUUUUCUUUUGUAUUUUAUUUAAUAUUUUUGUUGAAAAAUGUUGUUGCUCAUAAGCAGUAUGGAGGUAUCCAGAUAACUGUUUACAAAUGCCUCUGCUACCGGAAGGUAGGAAAUGUUCUUCAGUUCAUAUGUGAAAUUUGGGUUUUUGACAUCAGUUUGUAGAGUAAAACCUGUAUUUAUUUCACUUGGAGCUGAUGCUACAUAUAGUGGUAUCUACAUGCAAUAGACAAGAGAAGAAACUGUCAGAGAAAGAAAAGGUUUUUGAGACAGACAUUGGCAGACUUUGUAAAUAGCCUUGCAGAAUCUGUAAGCGAGAAGGAUGGGUGGCUGAUUUCUGUGAGGUCAAAUCUAUGUCAGACUGCCCCGAAUGUAGUAUCAACAGGAACUCGGGAUAUUAUCUCAAGGAAAACAAACUGGAAAAAUAUAAGUCACGCAGUACUAGCACCUUGUGUGGUCCUCUUGGAUUAGGUUUGCAUUCAACAGAACUGCUACUGCCUGAAAGAAAAUUAAGAUGGACAGAGCAACUUAAUUCAAAAGGACUUGCCAUGAGGUGCUAAGCCUGUUUUCAUUGAUUUGGAGAGACUGGACCUAAAUGGCGCAGCAUGACUUUGCUCCAGCCUGGCUUAAUUUUCCUACUCCACCAUCAUCAACAAAGUCAUCACUGAAUUUUGAGAAACAUUCUGAAAAUUUUUCAUGGACAGAGGAUCGUUAUGAAGCAAAUCGCAGAAGACACAAUUCUUCGGAAGGGUUUGAUCCUAACACUGGAAGGCCAGAUGGAGGGCAUUAUGGCCGAAAAGAGAGGAAUGGUUGGCGUUCACAAGGCAAAAAUGGUCCAGAAAAUAUAAACCAACGUGGAGGGUACCAUGGUGGAGGUUUCCGUACUCGUAGCAGCACUUUCCGUUGUGGAAAAGGCCAGGGACUGCAUGAAAACAGUGUACUUGAUAAUGAAACCCGCAAAAAGGAAGACAAAGAAGUACCCAACCAGUUUGAAGCUGAGGAUUUUCCAUCUUUAAACCCUGAAUAUGAGAGGGAACCAAACCAGAAUAAGUCUCUAGCUGCAGGUGUGUGGGAGUACCCUUUAAAUCCUAAAUCUAGAUCUCAGAGAAUGCUGGUCAUUAAAAAAGGCAGUGCAAAAGAACUGCGGAUGUCUGGAUUCCCAGUAGUGGGAAGUCUUCACCCGCAGCCAGUAAGGAAUGGAACUGGCACAAGUGUUUAUAAAGGCUUAGUUCCCAAACCUGUCACUCCACCUGCAAAGCCCACACAGUGGAAAAGCCAAGCAAAAGAAAAUAAACUUGGGAAUACAUUUCCUCAUGAAUCUGCAUAUGGUGUUGGCAGUUUCAGUCCUUUCAAAUCAGCUGUCAAGGCAUUUGCUGUAACACAAAAUUCAGUGAAAGAGUGUAUUCGGUCAAAUUCUUCAUCUCCUGUUGACAAAUCUGGUCAGCUUCGUUUAACAAAAUUGACAAGAAUGCGGACUGAUAAGAAGAGUGAAUUUUUGAAAGCAUUGAAAAGAGAUAGAGUGAAAGACGAACAUGAAAAUGAGAAUCAUGAUGGGCAAGAGAAGGAUGCUGAGUCCUUCAGCUUGCAUAACAGCAACAGUCCUCAUCGUGAGAGAGAUAUAAACCGAAACUUUGAAAAUGAGAUUCCGCAGGAGAAUGGCAAUGCUUCAAUUACACCUCAGCAGAUCAUUCAGUCUUCAGCUUUCCCUCAGGCAAAUGUUCUUUCAAGCUCACUUGAGGCAGAGCAUAGGUUGUUAAAGGAAAUGGGCUGGCAGGAAGACAGUGAAAAUGAUGAAACGUGUGCUCCGCUAACUGAGGAUGAGAUGAGGGAGUUUCAAGUCAUUAGUGAACAGAAUCAACUGUUUCCUUUCUUCAGUGUCUUUGACUUUCCAGUUGCUGAGAUACCCAUUCCUCUCUGCAGCAUCUCUUCUGGGCCCCUUCCCUAUUGCCCCUUGCCCUUCUUAGCACAGAUGUUUGCAGCACUGUGGGAAAGGGGACUGGAUUGCAGGGAGAGACCAUUUGGGAGAAAGGAUCUCUGGGGCAAGAUGUGUGGGGAAAUGGGUGAGACCAGGGUGAGCUCUCAUUGACUGCAGGAGUUCAGCACAACUGGAGACUCUGGGAUACAGGUGGCUGGCCAGAGGUGAAGGCUUGCAGGGGAGUUACCCUUUCUGUGUACAUUUGAAAAGCUGUGGAUCCAGCGUAGUCCAGAGGUGAAGAGUAUUGAAUUGCAACAGAUUGUUGUGUUUGGCAUUUUCUUUCUCUAA